ACAUCAAAGUUGGCAAACACUGAACUACUUCAUUUGGAGACUAUUCUGUUAGACUACUUACUGACACCUACUACAAGAACCGAACUAGUACUCCUCAGCCAGACUAAAGGCUGCACAUUUGCCAUAUGCCGCGCUCGGACCCUUCUCUAGACUCCUCAUCUGACUUGUCAUAUGACUCUGAUGAAGACUACCGUUUAGCCCAGAAAGAGUGGAACGAGAGUUUAGAAGAGCUUCAGCAGCUCGCACUCGUAUUACUACUGCCAUGGGUAGGCAAGUACUUUGGCAGGAGAUGUAGUUAUUGGUGUAUGUACAUUACAACGCAUCAUGUCUGUCUCUACUAACAGAUGCAUCCUGCAGUGUACGAUCGCUACACGCGUAUCGGUCUCGGCAAGUCGUUUUUCAUGGGC